AUGAAUGGAAUUUUUGCAAUUGAAAAGCCCAGCGGAAUUUCGUCGAGCCAGUUUCUAUUGAAACUGCAAAAUGUGCUGAUGAGCAGUUCAGUAUUCUCUAAAGAGAUUCAACGGGCUACAGCGGAAAGAAUGCAGCAGUUCCAACGAGAAACAGGAAAGGUGCCAAGCAAGCGGAAAUUGCGGAAAGUUUCUAAGGUAAAAAUGGGUCAUGGCGGGACCUUGGAUCCACUAGCAUCGGGUGUGUUAGUAAUUGGUGUCGGGACCGGUACCAAAAAGUUGGGACAGUAUCUUUCAGGCACCGUCAAAGUUUACGAAAGCGAGGCGCUUUUCGGGGUUUCGACCACGUCUGGAGACGUAGAGGGAGAAAUCUUGUCAAUGCAUGCAGUUGACCAUCUCACAAUGGCAGAACUCAAAACCAUGGAACAGAAACUUGUAGGAACGUUAAAACAAACGCCUCCGAUUUUCGCGGCUCUUAAAAUGAACGGAAAGCCUCUACAUCAAUACGCACGCGAAGGGUUGCCCCUUCCCCGUGCCAUUGAACCUAGACAGGUAGAAAUACACAGCUUGCAAAUCUUCCCCGACUCGCUGAAUACAGAUCAUGGUUAUCAGCUCCUGAGACCCACAACCAAGGAAAGUGAGGAAACUGUGUCAGGCUUGAGCCACCAAAAGAAUUUGUUGACCGAUACAUUGUAUUUUUCUAAACAAUAUUGCGACUCGCAAGGGUGGGAAACAGAAAAUGCUCAAGUGGAGCCGCCUUUUACUUUGAACGACGAACAAAUUCAUGCUUUGAUCGAGAAAGGUGACGAAUACCGUGCUCCUUUGUUGCACUUCAAGGCCAAAGUCUCGUCUGGCACAUACAUAAGAUCGCUGAUCAGUGAUAUCGGCAAAGCAAUGCGCUCAUCGUCGUACAUGGUAAAACUGAUUAGGUGCCAGCAGCAGGAUUGGGCUCUUGACAAACAGAAUGUUUUCAAAAUGGAGGAUUUCACUGAAAAUGAUGAAGCGGUGUGGACCGAAGUUCUGGAGAAAGUUUUGGAAAAAGGUUCUGCAGUGAACGUCGGAGAAGAAAUGGUGAAAGCUCAAGAAAAGGUCAGCGGCCUGCAACAAGAGUUGAAUGUCCAGGCGCAACGCGAUUCAGCGGCUGACGUCAGUGGCCCAGAGCCUGCGGUAAGUGAUGAAGCGCCAGCUGCGGGCACGAAGCGACCUCUCGAAGGUGAGGAAGAAGAGAAUCACUCUCGACUAGGCCCCAAUGAUGUGUAG